UUUGUUUUUAUUUAUACUUCACAUUACAAUAAAAUAAAUAGUGUAACAAUGUAAAAUACAUUUUGGGAAUAAGUCUGCUCUUAUUGUUUGUUUAAAGUUGAAACGGAAUAGGCAUUUAAAUUAAGUUCAUGUGUUCAUUUUCAUUUUUAUUAAGUUUGUCUUGUAAAGUAGGUUGUUCGUAGUCUUUUGAUUAAUAAAUAAUAAUUAAUUUUAUACGUAGUCUAAGCUACUAUUAAAAAAAGUCAUUCAAGAAACGUCAUUAUACCUAGUGAUUUUGUGCCUGAUAGACUGAGAAAUUAGGAAAAAUGGAUAUGCUUACUGGUAUCUUGAAAGCACUAAUAAUGGGGGUAAUAGACAGUUUAAAAGGCUCAGUUACGCUAUUUUAUCUUGACAGAAAUAUUCAAGAGUCUGUUGAUCAACAAUCACCCCGAAGAAGAACUAGAAAUGUUGGUACACCCAAUAGAAGAUUAUCACAUGCAGCACAGACAUUAAGAAGACAGGAGGAACCAAAAGUUUUACGGCGCACAUGGCAGUGUUGUUUGUUGAAUGGCGGUGUUUUCUGGUUGAGCAUUGUGGUGUUCCAGUACAUUCUAUUACUACUUAAGUAUGCACUGUACCUGAUGUUGGACCACAACCCCAACGUAGGUCUCUCUGUUUGGGGGUGGAUGGAACUGGUCCUGCAGUGGACCUUUGGCGCAUUGUGGAUCCUCCCUCUCUUUCUGCUCAGCAAAGUUGUUAAUGCACUUUGGUUCCAGGAUAUUGCUGACUCGGCGUACCGCUACAGUCGUGGCACUCCUCAGCAGUUCUCCAGUGUCAGUAAGUUAGUGGCUGACACGCUCUUCAGUAUUGUGGUCCAAGCCCUCUUCUUGGUCCAGACUAUGCUGGUGAGCCUACUGCCCAUCCCUGUGCUGGCAGAUCUGAUGAGUCUAGUCCACAUGUGCCUCCUGUACUCGCUCUACUCAUUUGAGUACAAGUGGUGCAACAUGGGCUGGGAGCUUCAUCGCCGUAUUACCUACAUAGAAAACAACUGGCCGUACUUUGUCGGGUUUGGGCUGCCAAUGGCUAUCUUCACGAACUUGUCUCAAAAUUUUUUUGUCAGUUUCUUUUUCAGUGGCUGUAUGUUCUCUAUGCUCUUCCCCCUUUUCAUAAUCAGUGGCAAUGAAGCUAACCCUGUCACCGAUGUGUGUGAUUCAAGACUGAAGCUGUUUUCACCCGUCAUCACCAUCUCCAAUGCGUUGUUCAACCGUGCCAUCGGUUUUCGGUGAUAUCAAUGCCGUACUUAAUCUUGUUUGUCUUUCGUUUGUACCGACCAGCAAUGUGAUGUUAGUGAUUACUGCAGACUUAAAUAUGUUAGUUUUAAGUAUAUUGCAUCCAAAUUGUCUGAAUAUUCACUAAUUUCAUUUUCGUUAAAGGCUCAAUUCAAAGAACCACAUAUAAAAAAGUUUUUAUAGACUUUUUGUACUGGAAUGUUUUUAAAGUUUUGAAUGCUGUUAAUGGAAGUGUAGUUUAUUUUUGAUGAUAGAUUCAUGUGGUUGUAUUACUGGGAAAUAUUUAUGUUCAAGUGUAAUUUUAAAUGUUUAUGCGAUUUUGUACAUUUGACAAUCACAGUCAGUUAAAAUGGCAAUUUCGUCACAAUAUUUAAAUGGCUGUGUGUUUAAUUUAGUUUUUUUUUUAGGAAUAAUUGUUUUCUAGAUAACUUUUUAAUUCAUUCUUACUUCAUUUUUCUUUCAUAUAUCCUUAGAGGCAAAUGAAUAAAAUAUUGAACAUUAUAUAUUUGGUUAGCAAUAGUUAAUGCAAAAUGUGCACUUGCCAUAUGUUCAAAUAUUGUUUAUGAUAAUAUCAUAGUAAAUAUUAAUAGUUCACUUAAGAUACUCUCUUUAGUUUUAAACUAGCUCGUAUGUAUUCUUUUUAGUUUGUUAUAUUCAUGGAGUAUGCAGCAUUAUUAAUUUAGGUUAGACACAAAUACCAACAAGUUUUUUUUGUUCCUAUUUUGUAAUAAUUCAACUACCUAACUGUAACUAUUUUAAUACAGUACGAAAUGUUAUAUUAUAAUUAUAAAAUUGUAUACUUAUAGUUAUUCCUAAUUAAUAUGAAUGCAAUAUUGUUGAUGUUCCAGUGUUGGAAAGUAACAUUUUAAACCUAAUUUAAAUCCUGAUACACUUAAUACACAAUAACCUGCAUUUAAUUAAUAUUCAAGUGAGAAAAGAAUUUUCAUACAAUUUAAUCAAUAACAGUAAAAUUUAAGAGCACUCGUUUGUUAGAAAUCAGAUAUAAAUCUUAAAUUUGAAAACUAUUGCUAUAUGUUUUAUUGAUAUUAAAGAGACAAUAUAUUGGUUUAAUAAAAUUAAGUUUGGAUGUCCUAAACCUAGAUUUUGGACUUUAUAGUGAAUAAUCCAGAGUAGUUAGUUUUGGAGGAUCGAAGCAACAAAUGCUGAAACACCUGUGUCCUAAAAAAUGAUGUGCAAUAAUUAUGUGCAAAUAGUGGUUUCUGAUAUGUAUUUGUUGCUUUAUUAUUUUUCCAUCAUCCCUUUAAAAAAAAUGUAAUACAGUCUUUUUUCUAAAACACUAUUUCUACACGAUGUCCUACAAUAAUAAUAAAAAUAAUUUUUAAAUUGACUUAAACCAAACCAAUUGAGGUGAGGUACGCUCGCCUGAAAUAUUUCUUUGUACCUUCAUCCUGAGACAAUUGAACUUUAGAAUCUUUUUGUAAAAGGAUAUAUAUAGGUAAAUGUAAAUAAUGUAUAACAAAUCUUUGGGUAAUAAUGCAACAUUUUGAAUACAACUCAAGAUUCAUAACUGGUUUGAAACAAAAUAAAUAUGGUGGUUUUACUCACAGGGAUUUUAUGUAAGAUGGUAAAUACAUAACAUCAACAUAAAUCUGUAUAAAACACAGGACCUGUAUUAUAAUCAGUGACAAUAUUGUAUUUACUGUUAUAUAGAUCUGGUUUUUGAAAAAUCAAUGAUUUAAACAUAUGUAUUUCAAAAUUUUUGAUAAUUUAAACUUUUCCUUUCAUUCCUUUAAACUGUUAUACAAUAAUAAUAAAUUUGGCAUGAUUCAAAAUCUUGCAUAAUUCAAAUUUUUUAUUGGUCCCUUAGCUUCAAAUGAUCCAAGUAUCACUCAAAAACAUUUUACUGCCUCCUAAUUAAAAGAAGCAGACUAUUUUUACCAAAAGCAAUAUAUAUGCAAAAUUGAUCAAUACGUUAUUUUAUGAUGUAAUACUGAAACAUGAUCUUCAAAUAUGAAAUAAUGUGGUAAAAUAAUAUUAUUAAAUAAUUGUUCAAGAAUUAAAUAAUUUUGAUAUUUUUAUUAACACACCUCUUUUAUCAAUGUGAAUUUUGUUGUCCAGAUGUUUUUAACGUUGUAUCUCCAAAUAAUUGUAUUUUUGAAUAAAUUAUGGUGUUGCAAAAGGAUUUAGUAGAAGGUUGUCGAUUUUCAAAUACUAUAGACAUACCUUCCUAAACUUAUCUAAAUAUAAUCUAAUACAGGAUUAUAGAAGUCUUAAAAUUAAUAAAAAUACAUUUAAAUAAUUCCUAAUUUCUUGAUUAGUUUUAACAGAUAUAAAAAAGUUCUGAUUCUUGAUUUACAUAAUACUGUACACAUGGAUUACAUAAUGCUGCAAGUGCUUUGCAUGGUUUGAUUUAAUUUUGUUAUAUAAUCUUGGUAGAUAUUUUAAAUAUAGUAAAUUACCAAGACAAAUUAAGUUGUAUUAGAGAUUAGUUUUUAUUUUGUACACAUACAUUACACUAAUUAAUUACGGUUUAUUGUAAGUCUGAAAAUGGAUAGUUAAUAUUCCUCAAUACUUAUGUAUAAAUAGUCACAAAUACCUGUACAGUUGUUUAAUUUAUUAAUGUGUCUAAAUGAGUAUAAUGCUGCCCAUUAUAAUAUUAUUUAGUCUCUUAAACAGUCUUGUGAUAAAUUCUAAUAUAUUGUCUAUAUUAUUUAUUCAUGCACUCCACAAUCCAUACCAAUAUUAAAGUUUUAUAAACUUGGUUACAGUUUUAGGCCAGCUCAAGUAAAUAAAGCAGCUUCUGUGUCUGUUAAAGUGUAGUUCAACAUCAUUUUAUGAUUUCAUUGCAAGUGUACCUUUAAUUGUGAAGUUAAUCCAGAGACAGUUACUAACACUCCUUAUUGUAAAAUUAGAGGCUUGAGUUAGUUAAAGGGAUGUUUGAGAACUAAGAAUUAGGCUGUGCGUUCAGUGAAUAGUUUUGCCAUGGUGCUACUUUUUUGUUAGGAUAGGAUACAAAUAAUUUUAUUUUGAAAAGUUGAUUUUUAAAGAGAUUUUAAGUUAACCUGGCAAUGCAAAGAAGUGUUGUCCAAUUUCAGUUAUUGUGUUUAAUGUCACUUUGUUGUGGAUAUCUUUUUUUGUCCAGAGAUGGCAAUUUCUAAUCACAAUGUUUUUAUAAAAGAGAUGAAAUUGAAUAUAUAGGUUAAUACAAUAACAUUUUGGAAGUCUCUUGAAAAUCAUUUUAUAUUUGUAGUCGCUCCAGAUUUAUACAUAGAUUUUGCCUAUGUUAGUAGACUAAGGUUCUCAUGUUCUGUAUUAGAAUCAAAGAAAGAAGGCAGGAGAUAUUUGAUGAAGAUGCAAAAGUUAUUUAUUAAAAUUGUAACUGCCUUAGAAUUCCAAACACCUCUCUUUGUUACAGUGCUAGUCAGUUGAAACUGUCAUAGGGUUAUUUAUACGUAGUUGCUUGGUUAGUAAUUUGUUGUAACUCAACCCACGUUUAAGAUGCAUGUACAUAGUGACAUAAGCUUGUUACUGUUUGUUUACUAAGUGUUUCUGUAAUAAAUACUGUUCUCUGUGCCUCUUACCAUUAUUAUUUUUGUACAAUAAAGUUUUUGCUGAAAUCAAAA